AGUUCAAAAUGUUGAAAAUCUAAAACCUAUUUACAUAUGUCAACUAUAUGUAAAUUAAUAGUAUAAGAAAUUGCACAAUGAUGCAAUACAAUUUUUUUUCCCAUUUUCCGUACAAGAUCUUCUAUCUUCAGACUAUUGCAUUGUUUCAUUAAUCUCACUAAUCCCAGUAGUAUGAUGCAAUGCAGAGCAUCUUUGUUCUAUUCAUAGUAUAUACUCCAUUAUUCAAAUAAAUUUCUCAUUCCAUUAUUCAGUUUGGUAAACAGUCACACAACAAGAAGACAGGUAUCAUUCAUGCCCUCUAGCUGUUUGAUGCUUUGUCUGACCGAGCUGGGAUAUUUUAAUCUUGCACUCUCUGUUAGUUUAGACCAAAAAUCUCAUCUUUUUAUGCUUCUCUCUCUCUCUGUGUCUGUCUUGAUAUUGUUAAUCACACAAGAGAUGAUACAUACAGUUCAAAGUCAGCUCAUCCCCAUUAUUGGACAGGCGGCUGAAAUAAAUACUACUAAACUAAUUAAAACUCCCCAUCUCUCUUACCGUUGACAUGCUAGCUGCAGCUUUUCUUGAUUAUUUACUCCACGUUUGCGUCACUCCUCGCCGAAAUCCCUCCAUUUUAUGCUUUUAUUCACUUCAUCUCUCCCUUUCACAUUUCUUGAUAUUAAUACUAAAACCGGUUUUAUAAGAUACACAAUGAAAAAAAUAAUCCAUAAGUCAACUCUGUGGUGGAGACAGAUGAGUUGAGUUAUGAUCUUCUUGAUUUUGAUUCUUGUGUUCAUUCAUUAUGGAUUUCUCUCUCCUCUUCCUUCUAUCUCUCCAUCUCUCUCUCGCAUCCGCCGCUCUCUUCCCGGAGUUCAUAUAUCCAAAUUUCACAGCCACAAAUCUCAAAUUCAUCGACUCCUCCGGCGCGUUCCUCGUCUCCCGGAAUGGAACGUUCAGGGCCGCCAUGUUCAACCCCGAGGCUCAGCAGCUCCGGUUCUACUUCUGCGUCAUCCACGCCGCGUCCAACGCCGUCACCUGGUCCGCCAACCGCGACGCGCCCGUGUCGAAGUCCGGGAGCCUGGUGCUAACCGGAAACGGCCUUGCCGUGGCCGACGAACAUGGGAGCGUCAAGUGGUCCACUCCGGCCUUCCGGUCUCCAGUCUCUGCCCUGCAACUGACAGAGACUGGAAACCUCGUGGUCCUUGACCAAUUCAACACGUCUCUGUGGGAAAGCUUUAACUCUCCCACAGACACGGUUGUGAUGGGACAGAGGUUGAGUAUAGGGACAACUCUCUCGAGUUCUGUCUCGGCCGACGAUCUAUCGACAAGCGGAUACAAAUUUGUCUUGACGGCUUCGGAUGCCGUUUUGCAGUGGAGGAACCUUACGUACUGGAAGAUGUCGAUGGACGUGUCGGUGUACGUGAACUCCUUCGCGACCGUCGGGUUCAUGGAGAUGAACCAGUCGGGAGUCUACCUGUCUGACCACGCCGGAUCUUCUGUCGUUGUCAGAUUGAAUCUGCCUGAGACUGGCUUCAGACUGGCCAGGAUUGACCAGUCUGGCCAGUUCUCCAUCUUAAGCUACUCGGGAGCUACUCGCAAGCAGGAUUUCGUCAUGCCUGUUGAAAAGUGUCGCGUCCCGGUUGUCUGUGGGACGAACGGAUUGUGUAGCCGUGGGGCAUCUGCAGACAGUACUGCCUGCACAUGCCCCACAGGCUUCCGAGCAACUCCAAAUAAUUCGACCUUUUGCGUUCCAUCUGAUAGUGCUUACUCCUUACCUGUUUCCUGCGGCCAGUCUGAACGGUCGGAGAGUUUGAAUUCUUCGAAUUCGAACUACUUGCAGCUCGCCUAUGGUGUAGACUACUUUGCGAAUGAGUUUGUCGCGCCUCAGAAUUACGGGGUGGAUGUGUCUCAGUGUCGAAACCUCUGUUCACAAGAUUGUUCUUGCUUGGGAUUCUUCUUCGAGAACUCUUCCGGUUCGUGUUACAGGCUUGAAGACGCGGUCGGAUCAGUGAUGAUGAGGGCCUCGAGCAGUCGCGUGGGAUUCAUCAAAGUCGUUGUGCAGUCUGCACCGUCGGGUUUCGGUGGUUCGGACGAAGAAGAGGGGCUGCCUUUAGCUGCUGUGGUGCUACUGCCUACUAGUGGACUCCUUGUGUUGUUUGUUAUUGGAAUUCUUCUAUGUCGAAAGUAUAAGAAAAACGACGUCGAAUUUGUGAAUAGUCUGAAGAACUAUUCGAAGUCCAUGUCGUUCGAUGAUCUCGAAUUCUCCAUCCCUGGUCUACCCCUGAGGUUCGACUACGAGGAGAUCGAACGAGCAACAGAGAAUUUCAAGACGACAAUAGGAACCGGCGGGUUCGGAACGGUAUACAAAGGCAUGCUUAAAGACAAAUCACUUGUUGCUGUUAAGAGGAUCACUAAUUUGGGAGUGAGAGGUAAGAGUGAUUUCUGCACUGAGAUUGGUGUGAUUGGAAGCAUUCAUCAUCUCAAUUUGGUGAAGUUGAGAGGCUAUUGUGCUCAAAGGAGGCAAUGGCUCUUGGUGUACGAGUACAUGAACCGCGGCUCGCUCGACAAGACCCUGUUUGGGAAUGGCCCACCUCUCGAGUGGGAGGAGCGGGUUGAGAUUGCGCUCGGGGCUGCGCGGGGGCUCGCCUACUUGCACAGUGGGUGCGAGCACAAGAUCAUUCAUUGCGACGUGAAGCCGGAGAACAUACUCCUGCACGACCAAAAUCAGGCGAAACUGUCUGAUUUUGGCCUGGCCAAGCUUCUCAGUCGUGAAGACUCCAGUCUCUUCACGACCAUGAGAGGCACUCGGGGCUACCUGGCGCCCGAGUGGCUCACAAGCUCCACAGUCUCAGACAAGACUGAUGUGUAUAGUUACGGGAUGGUGCUACUAGAAAUUGUUAGCGGAAGGAAAAACUGUAUGACGAGGGCGAGGAGCCACAGCCUCGACGAGGACAGCUCCUCCCAAGGAACCGCACCAUGCGAGUUCGUUUACUUCCCGCUCUACGCAUUGGAGAUGCACGAGCAGGGGAGGUAUUCGGAGCUGGUCGACCCGAGAUUAGUUGGUAGAGUGACGAGCCAGGACGUGGAGAAGUUGGUGCGCGUGGCGUUGUGUUGUGUUCAGGAGGAGCCAGGGCUGAGGCCGUCCAUGACGAGCGUGGUUGGUAUGCUCGAAGGGAAAACACCGCUGGGCGCCGUUGCAAUCGAGGCGCUAAACUUUUUGCGAUUCUACGGCCGGAGGUUCGUCGAGUCGUCCGUUGCACCGGAAUCCGGAGGGCUUAGUGAGGUUAUGGUGUUUCCAGAUGCAAAUGUUUCACAUGGUAGCAAUGUAUCUAUGUCUACUGCAGCUUUUUCUGUCAUCUCAUCCCAGAAUAUCUCUGGUCCAAGAUAAAGAAUAUAGCUUACAAAUUUAUAUUUGUUAUUUACAUUUCUAAGAUGUAAAUUUGUAUCUUGUUGCAUAUAGUACAUUUAUAAGAGAGUAUUAUUUUUGUGUGA